GAAAUAUUUGGAAUAUUUGGACAUAUCAUAUAACAAGCUAAUGACGCUAUCCAAAAUUAUAUUUGGUGUACACGAAAUUUCAAAUAAUCUGAGAAUAGUCGCAAGCUCCAAUGACUGGCAUUGUGACUGUCAAUUGCAAAAGGAAAUGAAUGAGAUUUUCAUUUAUCACAAUUCAAAACUAGACAUGUUUUGCACGUCUCCAGAAGAAUACAAAAAUUGGAUGGUUUUCGAUGAUCGACUUUGUGAAAAUUAUUCAGAUGUACCUCCAUCUGUUUUCAUGACAACAACAACCCCGGGAAUAAUCACAACAACAAUUACUUCUACGACUCCGAAAACAACAACGGAUAAUCAUAUUUUUAUUCCAACACUGUCAACAGCUGGCACCGUGAUUCCCAAUGAGAUCAUAACGUUGGAGUGUUCUUCCACAAACAAUACUUUCAAAACUGAUGAGAACCGACAGAAUAUAAGGUGGCCGCAGAUCAACUUCUCCCCUGCAGCUUUUGGGGCCCUUACAGUAAAAAUUAGUGUCGAACAGGGCGAAAGCACAAGCGCCCUGUCUUUUGGUCUCUUUUGGUUCUCGAAAACUACAAAGGAGUAUUACAUGAUGGAACUCAUACCAGACGAGUUUGGACUUGGUUGUUAUUUUACAAUGCCACUGCAGACAAUUGUAACAGACUUAAUGCCAAACGUAGCUUAUACAUUUUGUUUGGUUGAUGAUCAGCAUAACACUGUUUCUCCUUUCAGCUGUAAGUCAGUACAUAUUGGUGGUAAUUUGGAAGCAUAUUAUGAUGCCUGGCUUUCGAAAGGAAUGCGUGCCAAAGGUAUAUCUCUGCUGGUCCUUGGUGUCGUUGUAUUCAUGUUGGUGGGCAUAAUGCUAAUGUUUUUGGUUUUGAAGAAGAAACCAAUCUGGGUAAAGGGCAGCAAGCGGAUCAUCAAACCAAAUUCAAGUUCCGGCGAAAUUGUCGUCCUAUCACGUGGUAAUACAGCAAAAGAUUUUCUGCAUAAAGAAAAAAUGAUUUCUAAAAAAAAUGAACAUCGGUUCAAUUCAAACAUUCCGAGGCGCAACUCAAUGGACAGCCUGGCGAGCAGCAAUAGCUACAUAAGCCCAAACCUAUAUGAAGUCAUCCCGACAUAUAUAACAUUCGAUAAAAUACCACAAGGCGAUGCACCAAACCAGCCAGGAUUUGAAAUAUUUAAUAACUGGCAUCCAUCUUUCGCUCAUAGAGGCAGCGUCAGGUACGCACAAAUUACGCCGCGAACAAAACGUAUUUCAAGUGAUCCAUUGCCAGCUCUUCCUGAUUCUUGAUAAUACCCAUUUAAGAUUCCACAUGAAUUCACUUUGACAUGUAGGAAGACACACUAUUGUAUUUCACCUAAAAAAUAAAAGCUUGUGUGCCUAAAUUGUUCAAAUCUAAUUUAGUAUAAGUCGAAAAGUCUUAAAAACGUCGUCCAUAAGGACUAAACGUUACCUUGAAACCGGAGUAAGUUAUCGAUUAUUAGUAACGAACAUAUACUGCGCGGGCACU